AUGAAUAAAUAAUUUCUUGCUUUGGGUAUUGAAGGAAGUGCCAAUAAAAUUGGAAUUGGAGUGGUUACAAAAGAUGGAAAUAUCUUGUCUAAUCCCAGAAGAACUUAUAUAACUCCACCAGGAACUGGAUUUGUACCUAAAGAAACAGCAUAACAUCAUAGAAAUAAAAUAUUAGAAGUCUUAGAUGAGGCGCUUAAAAUUGCUAAUGUUACAUUAGAUGAUAUUAAUCUUAUUUGUUACACUAAAGGUCCUGGAAUGCAUGGACCUCUUUUAAUAGGUGCUACUGUUGCAAGAACAUUAUCUUUACUUUAUAAGAUUCCAAUAAUAGGAGUGAAUCAUUGUGUUGCUCAUAUAGAAAUGGGAAGAUUAGCUACCUAAUGUCAAAAUCCUGCUGUUCUUUAUGUAAGUGGAGGGAAUACUCAAGUUAUUGCUUAUUCAAAAAAUAGAUAUAGAGUAUUUGGAGAAACAAUUGAUAUUGCUGUUGGUAAUUGUUUAGAUCGUUUUGCAAGAUUAGUUAAUAUAAGUAAUGAUCCUGCUCCAGGAUAUAAUAUAGAAUAAUUAGCAAAAAAAGGUAAAAAUUAUAUUCUUGAUACUCCUUAUGUUGUAAAAGGAAUGGAUAUGAGUUUUAGUGGUUUAUUAACAUUUGUGGAAGACGUCGUUAAUUAAUUUCCACAAGUUAAAUUACCUGAAGUAGCUGGGAAUGAGAAAGCUAAAAGAAAGAAUAAAUAAUAAAAUCUCAUUAGAAAAUGGGUUAAUCCUAUUCCUGGAGAUUUAACUACUGAAGAUUUAUGUUUUACUCUUUAAGAAACUAUAUUUGCAAUGUUGACUGAAGUAACAGAAAGAGCCAUGUCUCAUUGUGAAUCUACAGAUGUAAUUAUAGUUGGUGGAGUUGGUUGUAAUGAAAGAUUAUAAGAAAUGGUAUCUAUUAUGGUCAAAGAUAGAGGUGGUAAGAUAGGAGCCAUGGAUGAAAGAUAUUGUAUUGAUAAUGGAGCUAUGAUUGCUUAUACUGGUACUUAAUUAAAAUCUAAAUAUUAGGCAUUUUAGAGUAUUUUUCAAAUGGACCUACUAAUUUCAAAGAUACAUUUGUAACUCAAAGAUUUAGAACUGAUGAAGUUUAUAUAGGAUGGAGAAAUGAUUGA